CGCGCGGGCGGUUGGUGAGGGCGCAGAGCCGCUCUGCCGAGGCGGGAAGGCGGGCGCGGGGCGGUUCAGAAGAGCGGGGGUGCUGACGGAGCGGAGCACGAUGUGACUCCGCGGGAAGAUGAAGCCGAGCGCUACCGAGGCCGCCGACAAAGGAGCGCGUCCCCCAGAUGGAAUACAAGCAAAACCAGAAAAGACAAGAUCUUCCCUGAAGAAUGUGAAAAAAGACACAGGAAAACCAGAGAAACUCAAAUUUAAGCCACUCACUGGGAAGGUGUUUUACCUCGAUAUCCCAUCAAAUGUGAUCUCUGAAAAGUUAGGAAAGGACCUCAAAGAACUAGGAGGGAGAGUGGAUAGUUUUCUUAGCAAAGAUAUCAACUAUCUGGUGACUAAUAAAAAGGAGGCAAAAUUUGCACCAGCUCUUGGCCAAACUUCUCCUGUUCCUAGUCCAGAAUCUGCACCUAAUGGAGGAAAUGGUUCGCCUCAUCCUAGCAACCGAAAAGAUCGACAUGACGGAAGUUCAUUUAAGACAGUAGAUGCAAUACGUAUGAGCAGAGGAAAGUCCUUGGUUGAAAAAGCAAUCAAAGAACAGGACUUAAUUCCCUCUGGUAGUAUACUAUCCAAUGCACUGAGUUGGGGAGUGAAGAUACUUCAUAUUGAUGAUGUUAAGAAUUGCAUUGAACAAAAGAAAAGGGAGCUCUAUCUAAUCAAAAGAGCAGGCAGUUCUUCUAAAGAUGUGGGAAAACACAUUACUGCUCAAAAGUCAAAAACAGGUAGACUGAAAAGUCCAUUUAUCAGGGUGGAAGAUAGGAGUCGCCAGUACCGACCAUUUUAUCUGCAGUUACUGAGUUUUCCAUUUCUGAACUAUUGUGUUCCAAAGCCGUAUAGUCCAUUUGAGGUGGAGAAGAAGUAUCCUGGUCAAAAGCAGACUCAGUCUAAGGAAAGUCCUUUUCUUGGGUAUACAGAUGCAUACAUCCAAAAAUGUGAUCUUCUCCUUUCACUGUGGCUCACCAUAAGAUAUUUUUUCCUUUCUGACACUGGUUUCUUCUCUGCCCUCAUCUUGGAUGCUGUUCAAAACAAAAUAAACAGUGACAAGGAUUGUGGAAUGCCUGCUCAGUUUCCUCAGAAGGACAAAAAAAAGAGAGGAUAUUGUGAAUGUUGUGGGAAGAAAUACGAAGAUCUGCAAACACAUCUUGAAAGUGAGCGGCACCAAAAUUUUGCACAAAGCACACAGUAUAAAGUUGUUGAUGAUAUAAUCUCCAAACUAGUUUAUGAGUUUGUUGCAUACAAAGAUGAUGAUACAAGAAAAAUAAAAAGGACAAAAUGUGGCACAGGAUGUUUUUCUCCUAUUAUUGGAAAGAUAACCAGACCAGAUGAGCUGAAAGAGCGACUGAAAAGGCAAUGCACUGCUUUGAAAACUUAUUCCUGGAAGGAUACUGCAAUGCAGGCACUCAAACUGGAUUGCCAGCCUGCAGAAGUACAACCAAAUUCUGUGCCAAUACCUCCCCAUGUUUCUGCAUCUGUCUGUUCAGUUCUUUAUUGUCACCCAUCACAACCUUCAGAAUUGAAAAGUAGGUUCAGACUUAAUAAUGAAAAUAUUGAGACUGAUUGUUCCUGUGCUAUGAAGUUAAGAGAGACUGUUGUAUCAUCAAAUUCCAUACAAGCACCCCUUCAGAAAACUGACAAAGUGUACACAGAGAACUUGUCUCAAGCUUCUGAGCCAUUCAGCAAGGAUAUACUGGAACCAGAUGUAAGUAAAAAGAAUGUACAGUGUUUUCAAGAAGGAAUGGUAACUUUAUAUUCUCAUACCCAAGUUACAGAUUUUAGUGAAAAAGACAAAAGCUUCAUGCAGCAAAAACGAAAAUUAAAUAAUGCAGUCAUUCUACCAGCAAAGUGUUUGAAAAAAACAGAUGCCAAUCCUACAUUUGUCAAGAAACAUCACGAUUUAUGUGAUAAUCAUCAACAAAUGCAGCACAAUGUCGUUCUGGAGGCUGAGGUAUCUGAUACUGCUGUGAACAAAGAACUUAAUGCAUCAGCUGCCAGCACUGCCCACAGUUCACCGUCUGGAAAGCUGCACAGAAAAGUGAACCUUAACUUGAGAAGGAAUAAAAGAGAAACCUGCAAACAGAAUAUGGAGUUAUGUGUGAAAAAUUCAGAUAGACUAUCUGUUCCUGACGAGAAGAGAAGCACUUGUAGCUUACCACUGCAGACCCUAUUGGAGUUAUUUCAGACAAGUGAAAAAAAUUCAGAAUUUGGAGGUUUUUCAACUUACACUGAGAACAAAUGUUCAGUGGGCAUAAAUGAUACAUGUGAAGGGCAGAAUGCAAAUGUUAUGUGGUCAUUAUUUUCCUCUUCAUCCUCAUCUCCAUUUUUUGGAUUUUAAUACUUGUUUAUUUAAUAUAAUGAUUUUUAAAUUGACUUGAAAAUUUAAGAUUCUAUUCAUGAAGAUUUAAAUUGCUGUAUUAUAUGUACAGAUUAUUUGGUUUUCAAGUUUUUUAAUGCAAAAGCUUCUGUAUAUAAAUAAAGUAUGAAAAAUAAAACUAAGUUUGGCUUUG